AUGAGUUAUUAUAAUCCGCAUCAGCAAUCACCCGUCGGAGUUCCACCACCGCAAGGUUCCUCCUCCGUUCCGAUUCCUUCCUUCUAUAUUCAUUCCCUCUUUCUAAUUCACAUUCUCAUUCUUUUCUUUCUCAGGUUAUCCGCCGGAGGGACAAGGAAAGGAAGGAUAUCCACCGCCCGGAUACCCGCCUCCCGGAUACCCGCCGCCCGGAUACCCGCCUCCCGGAUAUCCCCCACAGCAAGGCUAUCCUCCGCCCUACCCCGCCCAGGGCUAUCCUCCGCCGCCCUACGCUCCUCAAUACGCUCCGCCUCCGCCCCCGCAGCAACAAAAUUCACAGAACUCUGGUUGCUUGGAAGGCUGUUUGGCUGCUCUCUGCUGCUGUUGCCUAUUGGAUGCGUGCUUCUGAGAUGACAUUUGCUUUGCACAAACUGGAAACUCGAUGAAGUGUGUUUCAGCAUUGAACUCGAUCAAAUCUGUGUCUCUUUUUUCUCUCUUUUCUUUGCUUUACCUUAUCCCUUGUUGAUUUUUUUAUUAUUCUUGUUAAAUAAUAUGAACUGCUACUUGUUUCCAAACCUCAAACUGCUUCAUUCACCUGCUUUUUAUUGCUAAAAAAGUUACACAUUGAUGCUCCU